AUGGCACGGCAAGGCAUGGGACAUGCGCGCAUGCGCCUAUCACGUGGUUCAAAGUGGUCCUACGAGGUGACAGUGGUGGCAGUGAGCAACGGUGACAUGUCUUUGUGUUGUUCUCUUCUCCCUUCAUCCGUUUUCCAUCUCCCCACACCAUGCCCCCAUCAUAUUCUGACAAGGGUUUGGGGCGGUACUACGAGCUGGACAGGAGUGGACAGGGGUUUGGGGCGGUACUACGAGGUGACGGUGGCAGCAGUGAGCAAUGGCCAUGUGACUGUAUCGGUGCCGGCAGCAAAGGUGGUGGACAUAGCAGGCAACCUCAACACGCCCUCUAACACACUCUCCCUCACUCACUUGCUGCUCUCUCCCCAUCCCAGCGCACCACCGUUGUGGGAUGGCUCGCUCAACAGCAGCAGCGGUCUCCCUUGCUGGGAACGCACCAGGAGACGCGGGCAGCAUAGCGGCGUAGAUGGUGACAGCAGUGGUGGGGUGGACAGCUCUCUCACCAUCAAGGUGUCCAACCCCACCACCUCCUCAUGCUCCCCUCUUUUCCCCAUCCUCCCUCCCGUUCCCCCUUCCUUUUUGGCACUCUCUGCCCCUUUUUCCCCUCUCUUCCCCUCUCUUUCCCCCCUUCCUCUCUCUCUGGACCCAUGCAGACGCCCCGGGAGAUGCGGGGACCAUAGCAGCGUGGGUGGUGACGGUUGUCGUGGGCUGGAUCGCACUCUCCACAGCAGCCGUCUCCCUCCCUUGCAGUCACCAUCAAAGAGUCCGACCCCACCUCCUCCCCAUGCUGCCCCUGCUUCCCCAUCCUCACCUGUUCCCUUCUCUCCCCGUUUUUUCCCACUCUCCCACCCCCGUUUCCCCCCCUCCUGCCCCGUGUUCUCCCUGUCCCUCUCCCUCUCCCUCUCCUGCACCAGACGCCCCAGGCGAUGCGGGCACGAUAGCAGCGUGGGUGGUUACGGCAGUGGUGGGGUGGACUCCAUGCCGUUAGCACGCCCGUGCAAUGUGUGUGUGAGAGGCUCAGCACUCCAGUCAGUCACCAUCAAGCAGCCCACCAUUUGCGAGAUGGUGACUGACUGGUGCAGCCCGGUCCGGCCGACUCCACCUCCUCCUUGCCCACCAUUCGCAUCGUCUCGUCUCAUACCGCCCCUUCCGAGCUGUCGUCUCCCCUCCAGGAGCAUUCGGCGCAUGGCCCUGCAUCUGCAAGUGUUUGCUCUCACGCAGAACCUAGCAGUGCGCGUGCUGCCGCUCUUCUACCGCCAGCUCACAGGGGGGCUGCGCUGGACCUACUUCUACCUCCCCACGCCCUUCAGGGGCUCCUUUGACGGCUGGAAGGGCGUUCACACCUCUCCCACUGACACACCCGGGCAGGACAACAGCACCGCCCCUCCUUCCUUCGCGUCCCAUGCCUCGCCCACCCCGCUUUCAACACCGGCCCCCAUCCCUCUUUCCCCGUCUCUCCCCUCUGAGGCGCCUCAAAGAUCACCCCGCUUUCAACACCGGCCUCCAUCCCUCUUUCCCCGUCUCUCCCCUCCCACAUACCAGGCUAAAUCUCGCCGCCAAUGCAGACAGCGCUGCCUCAACCCCUCUUCCAACCCCCCUCAGCCCAUCUCAACCCCUCCGUCCCUACCUCUAACCCAUUGUUUUUCCCUCCCCAUCUCUCCCUUCCGUCCCACCAGGCACUACCUUGCCACCAAGACGGAUAGCUCUGCCGCCUCUUGCUCUCUCAACCCCUCUCAGCCCUCAGUUCCGACCUCUAACCCAUUGUUCUUCCCCUCCCCAUCCCUCCCCUCCCUCCCACCAGGCACUAUCUCGCCACCAGGACAGACAGCUCUGCCGCCUCCUCCCCCUCCUUCAUCCCCUCUGACUCCACACAAUACAGGCUCUCUUCCUGGUCAACGCGUGCCCUUGAAACCCGCAUCACUCCCCUCCUCCUUACCCUCCACCCUUCACUUCGCCUUUCCAUCCCAUACUCUCCUCCCGUCGUCCCUAUCAUCUCAUCCGCCCACCCACUAUCACCGCAUGCUUCAAGAAACGACCGCCAACACCACCAUCAAAAGCACUGCAAGCGGUCACCGUGGCUUCAACGCAACUGCUCUGAUAGGGGGCGGGGCAGGGGGGGAUGCAGCAGCGGUGGCAGCAGCAAAGGGGUUUGACCCGACGCAGCUGCCACGGCUGAGCGAGGAGUAUGAGUACAUGCAAGCGUGGGGCGAUGCUUACUACUCGCACUUCCCCAACCUUUUUUACUCCUACCAUGGUUCUGCACGGUGCUCUUCCGGUUCGCCCUCUUCUUCUCCUCUUUCUCCCUCCUCCAACUCCUCAUCCAGUGCGCUUGGCACCACUGCCGCCACCACUGCUUCCACGGCCUCCUCCACCCGCCGCGCCUGCAGUUCCUCCUCCUUGCGCUCUCUCUCCCUCUUCUCUCCUCCCCCCCAAUGGCUCAACCGGACCCAGCUUCUCUUUUCUCUCUCCCCAUCCCUCUCCCCCUCCCUUACCCCCCUCCUCCCCCCCCACCCUGCCAGCUUUGAGCAGUUCUGCACGUGCGCCUGGCACCACUGCCGCCACCACUGCCUCUCCGGCCUCCUCCACCCGCCGCACCUCCAAUUCCUCCUCCUCGCACUCUCCCUGGCCGGCAUCUCCUGGGGCUGCACGCUGCUCAUCCGAGGCAGCAUGGAGGCGGGAGGAACGGCGGCCGGGCUGGCCGUGGGGGUCAUCGUGCUGUGCUUGUGGCCGGUUCUGUUCCUCAUCUUCUCCUUCUCUGUCGUUUGGUAUAUCGUCGUUCAGGUGCUGGCUGUGGGUCUCCACUUCCUCCUCCUCCUCGCGCUCUCCCUGGCCGGCAUCUCCUGGGGCUGCACGCUGCUCAUCCGAGGCAGCAUGGAGGCGGGAGGAACGGCGGCAGGGCUUGCCGUGGGGGUGAUUGUGCUUUGCCUCUGGCCCGUGCUCUUCCUCAUCUUCUCCUUCUCGAUCGUUUGGUACAUUGUUUUCCAGCGUGGUUCUGGUGGGUUCAAGGGUGGGCUGACGGUGGGGGUGAUCGUGCUGUGCCUCUGGCCGGUUCUGUUCCUCAUCUUCUCCUUCUCGGUCGUCUGGUACAUUGUUGUCCAGGGGAAAUUCGCACGCUUCUUCGUGCGCGAGAUGACCGAGCCGCGCAACGAGGCGUGCAUUGCCUCCUUUGCCCGCGCCUUCUGGGCCGUGCUGCGGCAGAAGCGGCUUAUAGAACCAUCUUCUCAAGGGCAAUUCGCGUGCUUCUUCGUGCGCGAGAUGACAGAGCCGCGCAACGAGGCGUGCAUCGCCUCCUUCGCCCGCGCCUUCUGGGCCGUGCUGCGCCAGAAGCAACUCAAGGGCCACUGGGUCACCAUCACGCCGUCGCAGAAGCACUUCCUUCCGAGAUUCGGCAUAUUCUUUGAAGACUUUACAGGGGUGCUGAAGGACCGACUGAGGGCUGUUUAUGGCACCCUGGACUUUCUAAAAAUGGUGCUGGUGGGAGCGCUGGUGCUGGUGGGGGCGCUGGUGGGGGCAUGGAGUCCGACAGGCAACGCCAUUGCACAGCAAGCGUGUCUGCUCACCCUCUCCGUGCUGCACCUGCUCUUCUUGCUCUUCCUCCAGCCCUUCACGGAGAGAGGCCUGCAAGUGGUAGAAGCAGUGAGCUCAGGGGCAGAGGUGGUGCUAUCCGCGUGUGCGCUGGCCACGGCCAUCGAUUGGGACAUGUCCUCCAACUUCUCCACAACUCUCUCCCCUUUCCACCCUUCCCCCUGCUCCACACCCUCCCCAACAGCCCUUCACGGAGCAAGGCCUGCAGGUGGUGGAAGCAGUGAGCUCAGGCGCAGAGGUGGUGCUGUUCGCAUGCGCAUUGGCCAUGGCCAUCGAUUGGGACAUGUCUUCCAACUUCGCUGGCACUCUCGGGCUCGUCAUGGCUCUGUCUGUCGGCCUGGCCUUCGUCGGCCAACUGUUCAACCAGUGAGUUCUCCCCUAUCAGCUGCUGCUGCCUUGGCUCUCUCCUCGCCUGCAUGUGGACGGGCAAUGCCAUCUACUGGGACAGUGAGUCCUGCUCUAUCAAAUAAAUCACAUGCUUAG